CUUAGCUUUGUCAUAUAUAAACAGACCACAGUAGUGCUUCACAAAUGGGUGACUCAGCCGAAGAUAUCGAAAAAGUUCGUGAAGAAUACCGCCGACGCCGGAGAGAGCUGGAUGCUGAGGAAAAAGGGGAUGAUCUUGGUUUGAACCUCGACGACCUCCUUGGACCCGAGGACAAGCCGGAGGAGUACAUUCCAGUCAAGCAGCGGCGUCUGGAAAAGAUCGAGGGUAUCCGGAAAAGGCUGCGGUAUUCCGAACCGCAAGACGAAGGGCGCGGCUCUGAUAACGAGGCGGAGCACUCUGAUUCAAACGAGAACAGCACGCCCAGUGGUAUGCUUGGUCCACAGGCUGGUGUCAGUCUGGUAGACCAAAUUGCCGACCUGCGGCGAAAGCACUUGAUUGACGACAAGACUGAGGAGGAAAAGCAGCGCGAGCAAGAGAAAGCAUUGCUUGAAGCGAUCGCGCGGAAAAAGCAGCUGGCGUCGGCAGCCGAGAUCGCCAAGGGCGUGGUUUAUUUGGAGUCGAUGAAGUCAACAUGGCGGCCGUUGGCUCGGCACAGGGCCCUGACGCAGGAGGAGGUGCUGGAGCGCCGGAAACUGUACCAUAUUAUUGUCGACGGUGAGGAUAUCCCACCGCCCCUAUUCACAUUCAAGGCAAUGCGAUUCCCGCAGCCUAUACUGGACUACCUGGUAGCUAAGGGCAUUACUGAACCAUCGACGAUCCAGAUGCAGGGACUGCCGGUAGCUCUGAGUGGGCGAGACAUGAUUGGUAUUGCCAGCACUGGUACCGGCAAGACGCUGGCAUUCUCGCUGCCGCUAAUAAUGCUGGCGCUGCAGGAGGAGUGCAGGAUGGGGCUCGUCAAGGGCGAGGGACCGAUUGGCCUGAUUGUGUGCCCGUCGCGUGAGCUGGCUCGGCAAACAUACGAGGGUCUGCUGGCAAUGUCGGAGGCACUGGUCAAAGGCGGGUUCCCCGAGCUACGCGCAGUGCUAGCAAUCGGCGGAAUAUCGAUGCAGGACCAGCAGUACACGCUCGACAAGGGAGUGCAUAUGGUGGUGGCCACGCCUGGACGGCUGCAGGACAUGCUGAAGCGGCGCAAGAUCAACCUAGAUCUGUGCAAGUACAUGUGCAUGGACGAGGCGGACCGGAUGAUUGAUGUCGGGUUCGAGGAAGAGGUGCGCGACAUUGUGUCGUACUUCAAGUACCAGCGGCAGACGCUGCUGUUCUCGGCCACGAUGCCGCGCAAGAUCCAGGACUUUGCGCAGUCGUCGCUGGUCCGGCCAGUGGUGGUCAAUGUCAGUCGCGCUGGAGCAGCCAACAUGGACAUUAUCCAAGAGGUCGAGUGGGUCAAGCCUGAGAUGCGCAUUAUGUAUCUGCUCGAGUGCCUGCAGAAGACGGCGCCGCCGGUUGUGAUUUUCGCCGAGAACAAGAACGAUGUGGACGACAUCCUCGAGUACCUUCUUCUCAAAGGCGUGGAGGCAGUUGCGAUUCACGGCGGCAAGGACCAGGAGGAGCGCGAGUAUGCGAUGCGGUCGUAUCGCGAGGGCAAGAAGGACGUGCUCAUUGCCACCGACGUUGCGUCCAAGGGUAUUGACUUCCCCGAGAUCAAGCACGUCAUCAACUUUGAUCUGCCCAAGGAGAUCGAGAACUACACCCAUCGGAUCGGGCGUACGGGGCGUGCCGGAAAAACCGGAGUUGCCACCACAUUCAUCAACAAUAAUUCGUCAGAGCAGGUCUUGCUUGACCUGAAGCAUUUGCUGAUUGAGGCCAAGCAGCGCGUGCCGCCAGCGCUGAUGACGAUUCACGACCCGACUGACAAGUACCGGCUCGCUGAUGGGUCGCUGGACACCAGUGUUGGGUGUGCGUUCUGUGGUGGUCUUGGCCAUCGCAUCCUGGACUGCCCCAAGCUGGCGCAGGAGAGGCGUGCUCAGCAGGCAGCACAGAGGAGAUCGGAUGGUCGCGGCGACGAUUACUGAUAGACAAGGGGUCGUGAACUAAACUCAGCGCAUUAUUUUUUCGCCCGCCUAGGAGUCUACUUCCAUAUGGCAUCAUCUCGGCUCGGCUCGCUGUUCAUGCGAAGCCGCCUUUAGAUUUUUUUGUCUCCCAUUUCGUUGUCAAAUUGCAGCUUUCCAGCCC